AUGGCGUACUCGACGUGCUGCAGGGUGGCCAUGGUCUCCUGCCUGGUGCUCUGCGUCUCCCUCCUCCUGCCGCGGACCUUCUUGUCUCGGGGCGGCGGGAGGCAGGAGCCCGGGGCUGCGCCGCUCGCAGCGCCCGCGCCGCCCGAGGGGAAGCUUGGUCGCUUUCCACCAAGGAUGCAUUACCAGGCCACUCCCGACAGCCGAGCUGCCCCUCAUUUUCCAAGGUCUCACCUUGCUGAAGCAGUUGCCAAAGCCAAGGCAGGUGGAGGUGGUGGUGGAAGCACUGGUGGAAGUGGGAGAGGUCUUGUGGGGCAGAUUAUCCCUAUAUAUGGAUUUGGCAUCUUCUUAUAUAUCCUGUACAUUUUAUUUAAGCUGGCUUCCAAGGGAAAAACUACUGCUGGAGAGCGGAAGUGCCCUACUGCUGCACCUGGAAACAUGAAGAGGAAAAUCACUGACUAUGAGCUCACCCAACUCCAGGAAAAACUGAGAGAGACAGAAGAAGCUAUGGAAAAAUUAAUGAACAGAGUAGGACCUAACUGUGACAGCAGGACUCAAAAUGUUACAACAGACCAGGAAAAAAGGUUACUUCAGCAACUCCGAGAAAUUACUAGAGUUAUGAAAGAAGGAAAAUUCAUAGAUGGCAUGUCUCCUGAGAAGGAAGCUGAAGAAGCUCCUUACAUGGAGGACUGGGAAGGUUAUCCAGAAGAGACCUAUCCUGUCUAUGAUAAUUCUGAUUGCUUCAAGCGCAAACAGGACACAAUCCUUGUAGAUUACCCUGACCUGAGCCAGCCCUCUGCAGAAGAACUGGCAGAAAGAAUGGAGGGCAUGGAAGAUGAGGAGCAUCUGUGCAAUGAAACCCUGCUAUCAUCUGAUCUCACCAUGGGAAGGGGUGGUCAUGAUUUAAUGCAGAAAAAGGAUGAGGUAACUGGCAUCAGUGAAGAUGAGAGGGACCUUCAUCACAGCCAAAGCAUUGAGGAUUGCUGCUGCUGUUACGAGGACGAUGAUCCUGCUGUCAUUGCAGAGAACACUGGAUUCCACUCUGAGAGCUGCAGCGAAGCAGAAGAGUCAACCCAAGAGGACCUGUCUGUGGAGUCAGAAAAUGAAAAUGCAGCACUGAAAAAUCAAGAAGCCAGUGAUUCAGAUGAAGCAGGCAGACUGAGAAAGCGUAACACGAAAGGACUUGAGUAA